AUGUCCUCUAGUAUAAAACGAGCAGCCAAAAAAGACGUGAAAAAGAGUAAACAUCUGCUCAAAAAAUUAAAUGAAUGGUGCGCCAAUAUAGGAAGGUUUGAGUCGUUUGAUCGAGACACAGAUUGGCAUAGGCAAAGAAGAGAAGAAUUGGGAGCCAUCCAGCCUACCAGAAACUUCGUCGAAAUUGCGUUCAAGUUUCAUGCCUUAGCACGCACUUGGAAAGUAUACGUCCUCUCAUCAACAAUGGUGGCUCAAAUGGCCAUCUUUCAAACUGCUGGUAAGCUCCCUGCGCUCACGGACGCAGAUCGAGCGUCGGCACGCGGAGACUCCUGCCUCAUGGGAAUCGUUGAGGCUUUACAUGAGCUUAUUUCCCAAAACCCUCGGUUUGAAAAAGAAGAAGACUUCAACCGCGAGGUAGCAAAGCUGAUCCCAAUGGCUUACCAACUGAAGAUCGAUCCUUUUCCGGCUGUGGAUGCUUGGGUGGCAUCAUGUGAAUGGGAGUACCAAGUGGUAACCCAGCUUAUCGAAGUCUGCCAAGAAAUGGGUCCCUCAAUGGUCGCCCAUGGUCCUCUCUUUUGGGGACAGCUCCGCAGAAUUGCCACUCAAGAAAAGCUAGAACCCUUUCUCGGGGCUUACCAACAGCUUUGUGAAUUUUUCGCAAAGGGAGUCCCGUUCAAUCGGCUGUUUGAUUAUUAUACGCUAGUUUCAAAGAUCUGUAGUUCACUCAAAACCUUCGGGGAAUCUCACGACCUGACUAGAUCCUCUAGUGUCUCCGGGGCGCAAAGUCAGUCAGCCAAGAAGGAGGAAAUGGUUUUUACACAGGAAAUUGAGACAUCCGUCUUAAAACAGAAGGCCAACUUGCUGAUGAAUUACGCCGAAGAACUUCAUCAAGCAGCAAGUUUGGGACCUGCAACGUUCCAUCCCAAUGUCCGUGCUGAAAAGAAGCAGAUAGAGAGGAUAGCCCUACUGGUUUUAGAUGUUUUGUCGAUCGACUCUAGCUUCGACACUGACGAAUUAUACCACCAACUUAGAGCUGAUGUAUUCCGAUCGGGGUUACCAGGGGUAAUCAAAUACAACCUACAUCGAAUAACCGAGUUCUUGAGAGACGAGAUAACAGAAAUAAUCAAAUUGACAGACCUUUCUAGUGAGCCGGUAAAAGAGCAAGGAGUGAUGCGAAGAUGGGACCUACAUCUAUCGGCUGCCAUGAAGGAAGGGAUGAAAGUUAAUGCGCCACUGAAAAAACAGCUGGAAUAUGCAGGGAAACGUUUUGAUUUGUCUCAGAAAUCCACAAACAAAGAAAACCCGGAAGAACAUAAUGAAUUGGACAGGUUAGAAUAUAACAGAUUGGUCAGGCUAGCAAUCCUCAAUUAUAAAAAUUCACAUGUUCAUGUUUCAGCCACCCUUCGGCUCGAUCAAUACCCAAUCAUUUGGCAGGCUAUGUUAAGGACAACUGACAGAGAAUUCGCAACUAUUGAUAAACGCAAUGCUGAGGUCCUGAUCAAAUGUUUGACUCGCACCAAAAGGAUUGUUAGAAACAUACCAGUCUUUGACAGAAUUUAUUAUGCUUUGUAUCAAGUCAACGCUAAAUGUAGAAAUGAUAUCCUGGAAAGCGCCAAGGCACGAUUAGACGAAUUAAAAGGCAAGAUAAGAUGGGAAGAACAUGGGUUAAUGAUGCAAAUAUAUUAUCGGAUAAUCAGCGCUGAGAAGAUGAUCACAUACGAAGAUUGGAGAGGCCUCUUCAUCCCGAUCAUCCCGACUUCACCGUCGCAUACACUGGAAACGAUCGACGACAUAUUUGGCGAUUGUUCGAGGAGCGUUCUGCUCAAGAAACUCGACAAACCCCGGCGAGAGUUCUUGGAAAAGAACGUCUAUGCGUUCUUGCGAAGAGACCUGCUUUCCCAAGAUCUUAUAUCGCAGAUAGACGACAAAGACUUCUUGGAUGAAUCUUUCCUUCGCUUGGAACAAGAGCACGCCGGUACCAAGGGGAGCUCCGACAGGCUUGGUUUGCUCAGUACCACGAUUAUCCAGGCACCGCAAGCAGCAAGGGGGGGAAAGCCCCCGGCCGUGCUGCGCAUUUCGAACUCUUCAACCAAGCCUGCGGAAGUGAGAUGGGUGCGGUAUUCACUAAAUCCCCAACAACAGAUAGCGGUAGCCAAAGUAAGUAAAUAA